CUUUGCCUUUGUAUUUCUUGAAAACCGUGCUACCGGCGCACACCUUAUCAAGCACAAAGUACAACCUCUAUAGCAACACAACUUCUACAUAUAUACCAACACAUUUGCAUAUCAUUCAUCUUAUAUAUCAUCAUCACCUACCCUCAAAAUUGGUGUACUUCUUCCCAACAAAAUGGGUGAUCUUCACUCCAUUGCUUACUUUAGCCAUGCUUCUUCCUUGUGUUUGGAUAUCCACAAUCUUCAUUGCCUCAACUCAGACAUCUCUCAAUGUAUGGAGAUAAACAACACUCCGCCAUUCGACGAUCAGUCACUGUUGGAUUCGGAUCACUCUUCGGGUUACUUAGAGGAUGCUUUAUUUGAAUUCAAACCCAAACGACGUCGUCUGAUGAUGACACAUGAUGAUCACCAUCAACCCAUCAAUUAUAAUUCUACUCCUCCCUCAUUUCCGAGCCACUGGGAUUUUAGUACUACUGAUCAAGACUUUGAGAAUUUUGGUGCAUUUACAGCAAGUGGGGAAAAUUCAACUUCAUCGACACAAAGCAAGAGUUCAACAAACACCCACUUCUUCUCUGAUAAAGAAACUCUGAGCUCAUCAAAUCAUGUCACUGGUGGAAUAUUGGAGGAGAGGAAAAAGAAGGUGAUAACAAGAGUGGUGUAUCCAUUUGCAUUAGUAAAGCCUGGAGGAUUUAAAGGAGACAUGACACUUAAAGACAUCAAUGAAAGGAUCCUAAUGCCGCCGACGAGGCCAGUCAGGCAUCCGGUGGGAGAUUUCGCUUGUCGGCCAUUGGUUUCGUUAGAUAGACCUGGUCUCUCAGGGAAGGUUGUGGUGGCUCUCACAAGGAUCCAAACACAUAAGAGAGGCACAAUCACUAUUAUUAGAACAAAAAACUAAGGUUCAUAUAUAUGUAUUUUCAAUAUGUAUAUAUGAUUGUACAAAGAAUAAUAUUUAUCGGACAGAUGUGUUUAAGUGUUUUAUUUAUAGGCUAUGGUCAUUUAUUGAUUGAUCACUC